AUGAAGACUUAUACAAAUGAUGCCCAUGGGCAUAGUCACCAUCUACCAACUGAAUCUGGUGGACUGUCGCACGUCCCAGAAACGUUUCCUGAAAUAACAGAAGAAAAGAAACUAAAUGUGCUGCAGAAGAAAAAGAUUGCUACAGUAGCAUGGAUGAUCGUGAUAGGCGAUGGACUCCACAACUUUAUCGAUGGUUUAGCCAUCGGUGCAUCUUGCAGUACUUCUGUCUUAUCUGGUCUGAGUACAUCACUUGCCAUUUGUUGUGAAGAAUUGCCUCAUGAACUGGGUAGGUUUUUUAGGUUAUAUGUUUAGAAAGAGCGUUUUGACAUGAUUACCAUUGGGGAUAGAUUGUAUGCAUAAUUUAAGUAUUGCGCAGAAUUUCCAAUGUAGAAUGGUCAACAUUUUUUCGCUGUAUUAUCUAUUCGUUAAGUAAUGCUGAUUGUUUACAAGAGCGGUCGAGCAUUGAAUAAAAAUUCAGAGUUGAAGUAAUUGUCAACUACAUGCUCAUUAUCAUGAUCUGUUAUGCUCGAGCUCAGUUGUUGUACAACCUUAAAACUACGUCUUACGCUCUGCGCAACAUCAACGACUAUUAAGGCUUAUAAGAAUACCAAAUGCUCUACAUUUUCUGGCUUUCGAUCUUCAAAUCUUAAUCAACGUUGUUCACUUUAAAAGUCGCCGAUUAUAAUUAGUGGUUACAUCCACUUUAUGGUUUCAUCCACUCUACAUAUUACGCUUUUGCAACCUGAAAACAACAGGAUCCAAUCGCUCUUUAAUCCCCGAGCCGACGGCGCGAAGUGUCGUGCGAGGGUACUAAUUCCCCCCGGCUAUUUACACCCGGGGAAACGAAAGCAUUAGCGAAGUCUAAAGUUCACCAACUAUCGCGGGCGUGGGUCACCAACGAUGGGUGGUCAUCCUCACUGAUCUCGAAAAUAUGGCGGACUGUCAUGAAUAGCGGACACUGAUUGGUCCAAUUUAAAGUUUGCAUUAUAACGACUGCAUGACGACAGUGAAAUAGCAAACAUUUCUUGAUUUGAUGAUUGACAAAUUCCUUGCAAAUAUAUUUCUAAUCAUUUUUGCUCGCAUUUUUGCAAGAUUUUUUAAAUUUCAAGAGAUUUCUCAGAAAGGGCGAAAGAAUCGACUAAAAGAAGGGAGCCGACGUAAUAACGAAGGUAAGUUUGUUUUAAAUAUUGAUUUUAUAAUGGCUUUAAAACCCGACGGCUCUUUGCGUAUAUGAAACAACUAAACAAGACAGCAUAUAAUUUCAGUGUAUCUUUAAUAUUGAUUUCCUCUUUUAUUAAAUUGAAUUUUUUAAAUAAAAAAGAAAGCAAAGUUAUUUGCAUGCGAGAAUUUGAAAUCAUUUUAUUGCAAACUCAAAGUUUAUCGAUAAAGCCAUUUAAUUAAAGGCAGUUUAUUAUAGUUUCAUAAAGAACACUUUAAAACGUUUUGCGAAGCGUUUGUGGUUGAAUUUUACCUUAAAUCGAAGCUUAUAUUACGUAUAUAUAUAUAAUAACAUACCUAACAUGUAUAUGUUGGGAAAUUGAGAAUUGUGUAACUAAAAGUGAUAUUUCUAGGCGAUAUUUCAUUUGUAAGAAUGCUCUUAAAAAUUAUCGUGUUACCAUGACAACUACUUUAGAUACUUCAUGUUCGGAAAAUACAAUGGUUUUGUCAGCAAGGCGAGGGUUUCUGCAUGCAUGUAUUUUCUAGUAAUUUGAGGUGAUAGUCCAUUAUAGUUCCUACAUGUUUUUGUUUCAGAUACAGUUGGUACUUUUUAUAAAACAUUUUCAAGCAUUUAAGUUAUGUUUGUAACAUUCCUGAUAUGACCACGAAUUCUACGCAAUGGUUAUAUCUGGUAGAAGAUUGUUUGGUGACUGCCUCUCGUCCCCAUGCAAGCACUAUAUUAGCGCAUGUAUUUUCCCUCCUGUGGCUGAGUCUUUAUUCCUACAAUAUCCAGUUUGCUCCUACCAUUAGAAUAUUCUACCCUAUUUUUCGGAGGUGACUGCAUGUCUUUAAUCGUAUUAUAUAUUUGCGAUUGUUUGUUUAUCGCGUGUGUGUUUGUUAGUUAGCAGGAUAACUCAAAAGGCAUUGAACAGUUUAAUGUGAACGUUUUUGGAACUGGCGCUAAGACCGCAGCCGUGGGCAAAAGAAACGUCUAUCAAAUUUGGCUGAAUUUGUUUUUAUCCCCGAGCCCACGGCGUGAAGCGCCCUGCGAGGGUACUAAUUCCCCCCCGGCUAUUUACACCCGGGGAAAGGGAAGCAUUAGCCAAGUCUAAAGUUCAUCAAUGAGCGCGGGCGGUCACUAACUGUGGGUGGUCAUCCUCACUGAUCUCAAAAAUAUGGCUGUUCGCCAGAAGUGGGAUAAGCAAGAUUUCAAUUUUCAAAAACAUAUAUUUGGAAAAUAACGUUUCACACAACAAGCUCAAUUUCGAAACCAGAGCCCGCAAUCCUCUGUGGAGGCUUGCUGAGGCUCUGGGAAACACCGGCGACUUUUGCACGAAAAUCAGUACAUUUGGAUCCAGUACUCCGCUCGACAUUCAUAAAUAGACAUUACUGCCGUCAAACAUGAAUUAUGCCGUUGUUUAAGCUUAUUACGACUUUAAAGCGGCAGUGUCACCGGCUGCGCAUCCGUUCUGCGCAUAGAUCAACUUGAAAAAGUUGACCCAACUUUUUCAAGUGUAUCGAAUUUCAAUAUGGCGUCUGCCCGGGGCGUCAUGCUGACUCAGUACGGGGGUUCAAGGAAAAAUGCUGGUCGAAAAAAAGUGUUUUCGAGCCCAAAAGAGUACAGAAAUUUAUGGGAGAAAGAGCACAGAAGGAUCUAUUUAAGUGAUAAGACAUUUGAUACGUGGCAAGAGGCCAAAAUAAGUGGUGGAUAUGAACAUUCAAAUGACACUAACUUUGCUGCACAUCUGUUGUCAUUGGAAUUUCGCCGCAGGUAGGUUUACAAUACGAUUUUCAAUAUAUUUCGAAGAGUAAACGAGCCUAAUGUGCAAUUUAUUUUGCUUUGUAUUUAGGGGAAUCAGCGUCUGCAAAAAUACUACCAAAACAACGACGAAAUUCAAGCACAUCGAUUCUGGACCUUUCUGGUGGCAACUGAGUCCUGUCUUGACAACGGAAGUAGAACACAAUGAGUCUCAUAUGGUUUGAAGAACAAGCAAACAUCAGCCAAGGUAUGAAGAGGACAUUCACUUUUAUAUAGGAUGUGCUUUGUAAUGGGAGUAAUAUUAAUAUUCAGUUUCAAAAUACGAUUUUGCAAGGUAUAUUAGACAAAGAAAAAUUGUGUCAAAAAUUAUAAAAAGAAUUGGUUUAUAUUUGUAUAUUAAUUUACAGCAUUGACCACAAGUAUUAGUGCUGUAUAAUAUUUCAUAUUUCCUGCUUUCAGAACCCCAAACAUCUACACCAUUAAAAAUAAAGGUCAGAUGACAAACCCUUUCUCGUGUUGAGUCACCUGUACAAACUACAAAGUCAUGAGCCUUUCCAACAACAGAAGGACCAGGCAGUGGGAUGUGAAAAGUGUGAAAGUUGAAAAAGGAUUCGAGUGCAUUCCAGUUCUCAUUUCAAAGGUUAUCCAAUGAGCAACAGAUUGACUGCAUGAUGAUGGUUAUGUCACCUGCCAUGUUUCCUUAAAUGCAACAUUGCUCCCCACUGUUGCACAUAUAUCACACCAGCAACAUAUAUCACACCAGCAAUGGUGUGGACAUACCAAAACGAAAAUACUGAUUUUUGCCAUAACUGAUGUAACAGUGACACAUUCCAAUUUUGUACACAAUAUAAAAAAUCUUUAUUACUUACUAUAUACAUAGGUACAUAAAUUAGAAUAUAAAUUAUUAAAAUCAAAUUCCCUUUGCUUUAGAAAGUUUACCAAAGGUUCAUGAAUAUUAUUGUUCUCUGUACCACAUAUAAACUCCAGUCAAAAGUCUUAUUUUGAGGACUACACAAGAGGGGCAAACACUGCGAUUCCUUUUGCCCAAAUAUCCAUGCCGAGCCCAUGUGUGAACAUAAUCCGUACUCCUUAUUCCUCUUCUUAGGCUUCUAAUUGCCAGUUUUCUCACUGUGUCUUCAUCCAGUGUAUGAAUAAAUGCCUGUGAAUUUAAUAAUGUAUUUUAUAAUAAAAUAAUGAAAUGACUAUCCAACAGCUUUACCAAUUUCUAGCAUCAAAGCAAGAUAAUUGGUCUUGUAUGGGUUUAAGUCAUGCUAUUGUUUCCAUCACAAAGCCUCGCUUUGGUAUCAAAGCAAAGCUUUUGGUGAGAACAACAAAAUGGCCUGAUACACGGUUCACAUGCACAAGCCCCAUAUGCAUUGCAAUUAGCUUCAAUUAGAAGGUUAAGGGGUUGGUUAUUUUUAUUUACUAAAUAGCUAUUAUACAAAAUGUUAGGAUAUUUCACUUAUAUAAAUAUAUAAUUAUGUGUCAUUUGGCUAAUAUUCAGGCCAUCUGAAAUAGGAACAAUCAGAUCAGCAACAAUUUGCCAUCAGCAAACAGGUCUACAGCAUGUUAAUCUGCCGCCCUGACAUGAUGUCCUGACAGGUCGGCAAUCUGCCUUUGCGAAAUUAUUUCCCGUUUCAAAUUUCAGUCUGUGCCAUCACUUCCCAAUUAGACUUUAUACUGUAUCACCCAGGGAUGAAACUUGAGGGGGGGGGCAAAAGUACAAAUCAUCUGGAUUGGCAGGGCAAUGAAAAAAUUUAAAUGAUAUAAUGUAGAGUUAUUCAGUGGCUUCCAGAGGGAAUUGAAUAGAAUUUAUAGACCUAAAUUUUACAGAUAUUGGUAAAAAAAUAAGGGUUUCAUGCAUGUUUUAACAGGAAUUUGUCCGAAAAAAUAUUUUGUUGCAUAAUUGAAUUGGUUUAUGUCCGAAAAAUGUUUUCGCCCCUUUUUUUGAAUGUCCGGAAACCGACCUCCCCCCCAAAUUUUUCUACCUCAGCCCCGCUCGCCAACAUUUUUGGGAGAAAUAGCGGCCAAAAAAAAUUUUGCUGCAGGGCAUCAUCGACUUUCGCAGGGAAAUUCUAGCAGACACCACCCAAUUAAAAGGGGCUAGUUUUGCCCCUGGUAUCACCAUUCAACAGUUUCAGCCAAAGUUAUUCAACUUAAAGAUGCAGUACAGUCAGAUCUGUGCAUCUGCUCACAGGAGGCCUCUUUUUAUUAUACAAACAGUUUAUUUAGGUUUUUAUUUCAUUUUAUAUUCCUGCAAAGAUUGAUCGUUGUGUCUUGAUUUAUUAUACUCUAGAAUCAUGAAAAUAUAAAUAGUCGUCCAAUAAAAUUCAGUAUUUUGGAUACUGAAAUGUAAACAAAGCCUUUGUUUACAUACGGACUGUACCGCAUCUUCAAACAUGUUUAAUAUACCUCAUUUUAAAAACGUUUUAAACAAUUUAAUAAGAUGUAUUAGAAAUUCACAAACCUUACAGUAUCAUCGUUUUCUCAGUAUUGACAGUUGGACGCUGUGUGAGGUCACGAAGUACAUGCACUACAUGGUACUUUCGCAAACGUUCUCCUACAACAAAGUAGGAUAAACAGUAAAUAUAAUGUGGUAUAAUAUGCAAACACAAAUAAAAGAUACCGUCAAGUACAUUUGAUUCGCACACAUACCCUAUUCUUGCAAGGAGACUGAGGAGUUUUGCGAGUUCUCCACACUUGCAGCUGGCAGAAUGCACAACGUUCUUUAAUAUUUGCCUUACGCGGGCAACCUCGGUUACUGUUCUCGUUUCUUUUGGUGGCACAUGAACUUUUACAACUAUAAUUGUUAACCUGUGUGAAAUGAAGCAAUUAUUUGGUCUUUUCCGCCGCCGAAAAUGUGAAUAUAUGCACAUUUUUAUAGUCGGAAUGUUGUGAUUCCGACCUUUUCCGACAUAUUCCGAAAAUCGGUUUGUUAUGCGCAGAACGGAUGCGCAGCGGGUGACACUGCCGCUUUAAUUCUUCAAAGAACAUUUGCCAUGGUUUUGUAUUGUUGUAAGAUACUGGUAGUGAUUUAUUUUAGCUUGUUUAAUUACGGUAAAUCAUGGAUUGUUGUGUUAUUUUAAAUAUUAUAGGCAACGGCUUAUCAUGACCUAAUAUGGUAAUGCUGCACUGUUGUUAUUCUAAUUUUGUUAUUUAUAGCAUAUCAAUAUCAGAAAUAGAACAGUCUUUUGGUUUCAUAUGAGAAGCUAGGAAAGCUUAAUAAGUUUAUUAAUGUUAUGCUGUGUGUUUCAAUUGAUAUGUUUAAACAUACUACACAAAGAGAAAUAAACUUUAUAUUAAUUUUAAACGAUGUUUGAAAUCGGAAUAACUAAAUACGGCUCAAAGUUUGAAUAAUAAUUAGCACUUGAAAAACUUUGAGGGCCCAAGCGCCCUGGGGACGAGGAUGUUGAAAACCAACCAAUCAGAGCCAGACUUUCACCGGUGUUUCCCAGAGCCUCAGCAAGCCUCCACAGAGGAUUGCGGGCUCUGGUUUCGAGAUUGACAACGAGCUUUGAAGCAAGUUUUGUUUGAAGAAAUGAGAAGAAUUUAUUUACUGUGGAAAAUCGUGGAAUAUAGGGCAAGUUUGCUUUAAAUGUUUAAUGUUUAUGAAUUUUGUUGCUUUAAUUUAUUGCGUAAAAUCAUAGGCAGCCCAAAACGGCAUGUAGAAUGCACCAAAUGCUUCCAAAUGCCAAUUUGAAUUAAGCUCGCCCCAUUCCUCUGUUAUUUGUCGCGCGCCGCAAGCACUCAAUGAUAUUCAUAUAUUAAUAACUUACUGACCGAGAGUGAGGGCAGUACGGGAAAAUAUCCAACCGAGGUCUUGCUGUAUUGACCGAGCGAUAGCGAGGUCAAUACAGCAAGACCGAGGUUGGAUAUUUUCCCGUACUGUUCGAACGGUUGAGGUCAGUAAGUUUUUUAUUAUAUGGCAUUGUACGUUUGUAAAAAAAUGGGAAAAAAGGUCACGCGAGGGCAAAGUACAAAGUCCGAAACAUUUGCAAAAAAGAACAACUGCAGCAUGUAAAAAAUGUUCUCAAGCUUGGUUAGUAAAACUACUCUACAGCACUUUUUAUUUAGAAUACUAACACAGUUUGGAUAGUAUUUCAAAAAAAGUACGAGGUAUUUCGUCAUUUAAUCAAAGACAAAGACAACAAAUAUGAAAACAAUAAAAUUAAUAAACAGUAUGGAUAAGUACGUUUUUAGUUCGCUUCAUCUCAUGAAUAUAUCUCUUUUUAUCGAAAACCCCCAGAAAUUUUCAGGGAAAAAUAUAAAUCUGUGGCUGCUUUAGUUGUAUUUUUUAUUUAGGAUGGUGUCAAAUUCCUCGGCUAUCUGCAAAUAAGAUUUGCAGCUCUUCACAAAGUCAAAACACAGCCUCGAACACAGCUAUUCCUGACUUCUUUAAUAGUUAUAAACAUUGUAAAAUUUACCUUGUAAUUUCGACUUUCCCUAUAACAAAAACAUAUUGAGGAAGUUCUUUAACCACAGCAGUUGCUCCUUUUCUUUAGUUUAGGUUUAUUUUUCUUCGUUUUGAAUAGUUUUGAAAGACUUUUAGACACUUUUUGCCGUUUGAAACUCGGCUCUUGUCGCAGGGCAAUAAAUAAGUAUAUUCUAUACAUAAGAACAAUGCGUAUAUAUAGGUAUAUUCUAUAUAUAAGAACGGUGCUUUUCAUUGAGUGCUUGCAGUGCGCGACAAAUAACAGAGGAAUGGGGCGAGCUUAAUCCAAAUAGACAUUUGGAAACAUUUGGGGCAUUCUACUUCUACACGCCGUUUUGGGCUGCUUAUGGUAAAACAUGCACUGCUUUCCUUUUCAAUGAAGCUGUAUUAAAGUUUGCUAAAUUAUCCUGUUUAAUUUAAUUACGAAUAAAAGGCAGAACGUAAAGGAGAGCAAAUUCAUUUGAAAACCGAACUGAAAUUACUUAACAAUUUGAAUUUAUUUUGUUUUAUAAACUAUAUAAAAACCCGUACAGUUUUAUAUCGGAAAAAGCAGUUUAUAGUUUAAUAUUAAAAUGAACAUUUCAAAACAUUUUACGAAGCGAUUCACGUUAAAUUUUACAUUAAAUCAAAGCUCACAAAAUGUAGAACAACAUACCUACAGUAUGCAGCAUACCUAUUGUUACAUAGUUAAAACAGGGCCGUAGCAACCGGGGGGCUGGGGGAGGGACUGCAGCCCCCCCCCCAAUAAUUUGCUAAUAAUUAUCAUUCAUUUUUCAAAAUCAUGCAGACCUUUAUCAUUUAAUCCAUGAAGAACUGCAAAGAAUUAAGAUAUUACCUAUACUUUCCUGCAACUUAUCCAGUAUAUAGUUAGUUUACUUAAUUAAAUACGCUUUCACCAAUUUAGUACUACUGAAUUGUAAAUUUCUACAUACUAAAACGCUGUUUUCUGAUCAUCAGAAUUCUGUCAAAUAUUCCCCAAAGUCCAGGAAAUGGCAUUUCAGAGACUCUAAAUUUUUAAAAAUUUCUUCGGGCCUUCGGCCCUCGCUUUCAGCCCAAUUGAAAAGAGCUUCCUAAGGCCCUGUAAAAGCAAUAAUCUUUCAACUAUUUUUGGCGUGUUGUACAAAAAAUAUAAUAAAAAUUAAAUUUAUCGUGUUGCCAUGGCAACACUGACGUAAACGUGAGCCUGCGUUCUAUAACAAACAUACUUGUAGGGAGGUGAGUCCGGGAUUGGACGCACCGAGGGUGACUGGAAGAUUCCCGAACCUUUUCGGGAAACUUCCAGCCACCCGAGGUGCGUCCGAUCCAAUCCCGGAACAUUCCAUUUUUAUCAAACAAAAUAAAAAAAUAAUAAUUAUAAAACAAUUAAAAACAGUUAAUUUAUUUUUUAUUUAAAUCUUCGUCUGAAAUUUUUCAAAUCGCUUCAUAAUGGCCGACGCCGAAUCAUCGAUCUCGAACCCACCUCCUAAACACACGUCAGCAGGUGGGUUCUAUAACAAACGUACUUGCAGGGAGGUGAGUCCGUGAUUGGACGCACCGAGGGUGGCUGGAAGUUUCCCGAACUUAUCGAGCGAAGCGAGGUGAGUUCGGGAAACGUCCAGCCACCCGAGGUGCGUCCAAUCCCGGAUUCACCGAACCUGCAAGUACGUUUGGUUUUUAUCCCAUACACCGAGCCAUACACACAUUUGUAGCUCUUCGCGAUAUAUUCGUCGAUGUUUUUAGGGGUGCACCGGAACUCGGUUCCGGCCGGUUAGUUCCGGCCGGAACCCCGAUUUUUCAGAGUUCCGGUUCCGGCCGGAACUAAUAAAAAAAGCAUGGCCGGAACCGGAACUCUGUCGUUUUCAGAGAGAUAGAAUAUCAAACGUUCUUCUGUCUAACAAAAGUUCACAGUAGGAAGAAAUUUAGACCACGCAAGGGAAAUGUACACUAUUAACACUUCAUUAUGACGUUUAACGUUUGUCAGUCUUUUUAUUCUAACAUUUACGAGCUCUCUCCUUGAUGAAUUGAAGUGUCUGCCUUUUGGCAGCAGACAAAGUAACAUAUGACUAUAUAUGACUUAACAAAUUAGUUUCGGUUCCGGCCGGAACUUCCUGCCGGAACUUUUUUCCAGUUCCGGUUCCGGCCGGAACUUAAAAAAUUGGUUCCGGUGCACCCCUAGAUGUUUUGUGAACAUUUUCCCGGCCAAAAAAAUCACUGGGCAAGAAAAUACUUCUUUGUCUACGUCCACAUUACCUUUACUGCAUUUUUGCUUUGGUUUUUCUUUAGUCUCAGUAUGUUAGUCACCGAAAAAAGUUCUUGAAAGUUUAGGUUUAUCGGCUAAAUCUUGUCCGCCAUAUUUGUUAUUGUUAUUGCAACGUAAGUAGUUUAGCGGGUAAGUUCGGGCGAAAAGCAGGCGAGUUCGGCAAAAACAGGUGAACUCGACGACAAGCUCACCGGCUCUAAACCAAUCAGAAAGCCUCUUUUAACACAGGUAUGGGAUAAGAGAUUGAACGCACCUCCUCGUAGCCAAUAGGAAAGCCGCUAAUACGCUAGGUAUGAGAUAAAGUCACAGGUUCAGUGUUAAUCAAUUACUAAUACUUCAUGUUAAAUCAAUGUUUGGAAAAUACAUGCGAGGGGUUGCUGCAUGCACUGCCUCGUACCCAGGCGCCUCUUUGUAAAAAAACAGUGAUGCCCAUAUGACGUGUUUACAUGAAGUAUUGUAGUGGGGAGAGAUGGCGAAGGGGCUGAUGGGAAGAGUACACUUGAACUGCGAGACGCCUGGCAGUUCUUGGUCGAUUUCUUGCAACAAUGUACGAUUUCUUGCAAGUUGUGAUAUUUUGUUGUCGUUUACGAUUUUUUGCUACUUGUUUUUGUUGAAUUGACUAAUGUUAAUAUUCUCCUGUCAUCCGGGCGUGAAUUCAUGCUGUUAUUCUUGGUAUAUAUGACAUAUAUAUGCCCUUAAAGUCCAUGGAAAUUCCAAUAUUAACAUGUCAACAACCGAAGCGUUGAAGAACUAGACUUGCAGGAACUAGAUUUGUAAGCUAUAACUAUAUAAAGGUACAGACUAUAAAAUUGCACUGUUGUAAUAAAUAUUUCAAACUUUACGGCUGUGAACUUUUAUUUACUUGGGCUUUUGUUUACAUUAUACAGUUAAUAGAAAUUGCCAUUGGCAUUGUGAUCGACUGAUUGAGCUUUCAGCUAAAGAAGUUAUUAAUACAAAAGCAAUUACAUGACUUUCUAAUCAUUUCUCUGUUACUGUUUUAUGCUAACUGAGCAACUGAUAGCAUUCUAUUAUUCUCCAUGUAAUAUCGAAUGACAUAUUCGAAAUAUUCGCACGGUUAACUUGUCAUAUUAUUUAUACUCAUAAUUUUUCGCGCAUUUUGCAUGUCAUCGAACAUCUACAAAUGUAUUAUUAUUUGCCAAUGGCGUUCAAUUCAACUCUUCAUCACAAAGUAAGGUUUUACACACAGAGUAUAUGACGAUAUGGUAACUUUUUGUAUAAAAUUCCCUGUUUUCCCGCCCUGACAGUAUACAAGAACUGCCAGGCGCUCCCCAGCACGCACCCUUCCCAACAGCCCCUUCGCGCGUCGGAUGCCUACCUGAAUACUUCAUGUAAGCGCCUGGGUACGAGGCAGCUGCAUGCAUGUAUUUCUAGUUAGAAUUUGAAUUAGAAACUCUUCUGGCUAAUUCUGCAUAUUAAAAUACAUGACUUUUGCUGGAGGAAGUUCGCAUGCAGUCAGCUCUAUUAUAUAUUUUUUUCUAUAUUUCAAUGAUAUGAACUAGAAAAUACAUGCAUGCAGAAACCCUCGCCUUACUGACAUAACAUUAUGUUUUCUGAAUAUUAUGAAGAAUUGAAAGUAGUUGUCAUGGUAACACGAUAAUUUUAAGAAUAGUUUUAAACCUGGUUUUAAAAUUGAAAAAUCCCCCAAAAGGGACACUCCACCCCCAGAACAAGUGUCGCUUAUAUAAAAGCUUUAUAUGAGCCUACAUUGAAAUGAACAUUCGUUCGCCUCAAUUCUUUUUCUUUAGCGAGAAAUUUUAUCUAUGUUUCAGUGUCUUUGUCGUCCAUUAUCGCCGCCAUGUUUGUUGAAUCGCGGGCGAAUGCGGUCGGUCCUAUGAGAGCUGUGACGUAAGAGUGUGAUAGAAACAAAUUUCAAGGAUUCGCAUAUUAUUCACUCUUUAUUAAACUUUAGAGAUUUCUUUUAAAUAAUUUUCAACGGAAGAUCAUUGCUUGGUUCCAGAGUGGCACGGAAAACUGUGGGAAUCAGCCACAACAGAAUCCCAAAGAAAAAGGUUUGCGACGAGCGUGGCUGGCGAGAAAUUAUUUGCAGAGUAUUAAAAACCUACGCGAUUUAGAUAUUACAUUCAUCUGUUUAUUCGGCGUCGGCGCAUUUAUGCCUGAAUACUUCACAAGAACGCUAGAAUUUGUGCGUUGCUUCCAACAAAAGCCAAAGCUAAAACCAGACGCGGUGGCAUCUAUAUUUCCGCGCCAUAAGCCAAAGAAACCAAGAAACACAGGGCGAAGAAGAAAUCAAAUCGGCCGACUUGAACGAGCCAGACAAGAGGUAUUAAAUUAAGCAAGCCAUGAAAGCUUUAUUUGCAUGUACAAUGUAUAUCAAUGAUUUUGUAGUUCUCAUACUGUGGCAGAAUUAACUUUCUAGACAUUUGUGCGUUAAAGGAUACAAAUCAAGCAUUACAAACACUUCAAUAACAUGUUGUGUAUAUUUUUAUUCCCUGCUGCCUACACAGUGCAUGUAUGUACAGUAUAAAAUUGGGGUGUUUAUGUGAGUCUUGUAUAUAGUAUUUUCGCAUGGAGGGUUUUGAAAAUAGUGUUGGACCAUGGUUGAGGCCUAGGAACAUGUUUCUACUCACAGCAUAAGCAAUUCCCAGCUAUCAUGGAAAAGCAUUUUUACAGUUUACAUACAGUUGAUAGUAACUUGACACUGUAAAUAUAUGUAGCAAAUUUUCACACGCAACAUAUUAAUAAAAACGUUAUUAAAUGUUUUAAUGCUUUAUUGGUAUCUUUUAACGUACAAAUGUCUAGAAAGUAAAUUCUUCCACAGUAUGAAAACUACAAAAUCAUUGAUAUACAUUGUAGAAAUAAAGCUUUCAUGAUUUGCUUAGUUAAUACCUUUUGUCUGGUUUGUUCAAGCAGGGCGAAUAUGAUUUCUUCUUCACCCUGUGUUUCUGGGUUUCAUGACUUUGGCUUAUGGCGCGGAAAUAUAGAUGCCAUCGCGUCUGGUUUUAGCUUUGGCUUUUGUUGGAAGCAACGCAUAAAUUCUAGCGUUCUUGCGAAGUAUUCAGGCAUAAAUGCGCCGACGCCGAAUAAACAGAUGAAUGUAAUAUCUAAAUCGCGUAGGUUCAGUUUACUCUGCAAAUAAUUUCUCGCCAGCCGCGCUCGUCGCAAACCUUUUUCUUUGGGAUUCUGUUGUGGCUGAUUCCCACAGUUUUCCGUGCCACUCUGGAACCAAGCAAUGAUCUUCCGUUGAAAAUUAUUUAAAAGAAAUCUCUAAAGUUUAAUAAAGAGUGAAUAAUAUGCGAAUCCUUGCUGCAAUCUAAUUAUGAAAUUUGUUUCUAUCACACACUUACGUCACGGCACUCAUAGGACCACCCGCGGAUUCAACAAACAUGGCGGCAAUAAUGGACCAAAAAUCAGUGAAACAAAGUUAAAUUUCUCGCAAACGAAAAAGAAUUGAGGCGAACAAAUAUUCAUUCCAAGGUAGGCUCAUAUAAAGCUUUCUUAUGAGCGACACUUGUUCUGGGGGUGGAGUGUCCCUUUAAUAACAAAAUUAUCAAUUUCCCAAACAUAUGUAUGCCAGGUAUGUUAUUAUACGUAAUAUAAGCAUCAAUUUAAUGUAAAAUUAAAUUCAACCACAAACGCUUCGCAAAACGUUUUAAAAUGUUCUCAAAACUAAACGGCUUUUUAUCGAAUUAUCGGUAAACAUUGAGUUUGAAAUAAGCUGAUUUCAAAUUCUCGCAUGAAAAUAACUUUGCUUUCCUCUUUAUUUAAAUACUUUAGUAUACAAAAGAAAAGGUAAUUAAUAAAACUACACUGAAAUUAUAUGCUGUCUUUUUUCACUUAUAUACGCAAUGAUAGGUUUAGUUCAAUAUUCGCCGUAUCGCCCACCAUUAUCAGUUUUAAAUAUAUCAAUUAUAAGACAAACAAUACAUCAAUAUUUAAAACAGACUUACCUUCGUUAACGUCGGCGACUUUGCUCUAUUCUUUUAGACGUUUUUAGACGUUUUUGGCUCUCAGAAAGGUUUUGAAAUUUACAAAAUCUUGCUAAAAUACAACUUGCAAGAAAUGUACUUUAUCAUAUACUCAAAGGCCGUCGGGUUUUAAAACAAUUACACUAAAUAAAUAUUUAAAACAAACUUACCUUUGUUAACGUCAGCUCCCUUCUUUUAGCCCAUUCUUUCGUCUUUUCUUUCUUGAAAUUUACAAAAUCUUGCAAAAAUGCGAGCAAAAAUAAGAUAUAUUUGCAAGAAAUUUAUCAAUCAUCAAAUCAAGAAAUGUUUGCUGUUUCGCUGUCGUCAUGCAGUCGUUAUAAUGCAAACUUUAAAUUGGACCAAUCAGUGUCCGCUAUUUGUAAUUUUAAUUGUAAUUUAAUCUUAUUUAGAAACGGUAGCUCUUCAGGGCACUUGCGCACCUGUUUUUCAAGAGGCUGUUUGGUUAAAAAUAUUACAUAAUAUAAAUAUACAAUACAAUACAGAUAAGUAGAACUACAGGCAUGCAUAUAUAACAAUAUAAAACGAUUAACCCUACCUCCCCCCCCCUCCCUCCCCCUUACAAACGAACGCACUAAUUAAAUUUAGAUUAAGUGCAUACACUUUAACGCGAGGAAUAAUGAUCAAGAAUGGACUUGAAUUUCUGACUAGUAAUUCCUGAACCUUUAGCCUCAAGAGGCAAAUUAUUCCAGGCCGAAGAGGCUGUAUAGCUUAUGCUUUUCUUCAAAAAAUUUGUACUUGGUUUGUCAAGGGUGAAAUCUCGAUUGUUGCUACGGAGGUUAUACCGAGAGUUUGUUUUAAUAUCAAACAUAUUCAUCAUACUAAUUGGCAGUCCAUUAUUCCUUACUUUAUGCAUAAAAAAUAGUUUUUUGUGCUUAAGGCGUUCUUUCAAGGGUUGCCAAUGUAGUUCUUUUAAAACAUCGCGUGAUCUUGUUUCGUAUGUUCUGCCAGUGAUUACACGUGCCGCUCUGUUUUGCAGUUUUUGAAGUUUGUCAAUUAAAUAAUCACUACAAUUAUCCCAAACAAGGCUGCAGUAGUCGAAAUGUGGUAAUAUAAUGGCAUUAUAUACUUUUUUCAAUGUUGUUUUAGGAAUUAUUUUUUUCAUUCGCCGUAACAUGCCGAUACCUUUUGAAAUUUUAGUCUGUAUGUUUUCGAUUUGCCUUUCCCAA